AUGGCAUCCGAUCCUAGUGGAGAGAAGUUGGCAGCUGAUGUUGGAGUCAGCUCGCUGAACAUCAUCCAAAGACCUGCCGACCCUCCUGAGCAGGAUGCCGAGAACCUCAAAGGUGUAUCGGCAUCUGAUGAUGUCGGUCGAGAGUACUAUCUGCUGAACAAAGACGAGGAGAUUUCAGACGAAGAGAAGAGACAUGUCCGCAACAGGAUUGACCUCUUCCUCCUACCGCUCAUGAUGGUCACAGCAUUUGUGCAAUACUUGGAUAAGUCUACCAUCAACUAUGCGGCCAACUACGGUUUGCGAGAAGAUCUCGGAAUGAAGGGCACGCAGUACUCCUGGGCCAGCUCCAUCUUCUAUUUCGGGUUCUUGGUGUGGCAAUAUCCCUCCCUCCUUCUCCUGCAGAGACUGCCCCUUGGCAAAUACUUCGCGUCGCAGGUCAUGGGAUGGGGUGUGUUCACCUUCUUGAUGGCCGCAGCAUCGAAUUUUGGAGGUUUUGCCACUCUACGAUUUCUCCUGGGGGCCGCAGAGUCGAUCCAGCUGGCAGCAUUCUUCAUCGUUACCAACAUGUGGUACACUCGCGAGGAGCAGCCAAUCCGUCUGAUGGCAUGGUAUGGAAUGAGCCCCCUGGCCAUCAUUGCCGGUUCCCUCUUUGCCUACGGUGUGGGCCACAUCGACUCUGAUAUUGGCCUUUGGAGGUUCCCGUUCAUCAUUUGCGGCGCGCUCUCCGUUGUUUGGGCAGUGGUUCUCUGGUUUGCACUCCCAUCGAACCCCGCCACCGCCUGGUUUCUAUCGGAACGUCAGCGUGUUGUGGCUCUCAGAAGAAUGCAAGAAGUAGGCACUGGCGUAGAGUCGAAGAAGUUCAAGAAAGACCAAGCCAUCGAGGCUGUGCUCGACCCCAAAGUCUGGUUGGCUGCAUUUGGCGUGGGAGCUGGCAACAUUCUGAAUGGCAUUGGUCUGUUUCAAAGUCUCGUGAUCCGGGGAUUUGGCUUCACAGCCCUGCAGACUACCCUUCUGCAAAUUCCUGUCGGUGUCAUCGAGUUGUUCGGCCUCCUCAUCUUCUGUACACUUGCCACAAUCAUUCCCAACUCCAGGCUAGCACUCUCUGUUCUGUGCAAUGCCUUCUCGAUUGUCGGAGCUUCCAUUCUGUACGCCUUUGACCUGAAAGAGCGUUGGGCUUUGAUGAUAGGAUUCUGGGUCAUGUUGGGUUUCAUCCCCUGCGGCUUUUUGCUAGGCAUGGGAACAAUCUCUGGCAAUAUUGCUGGGCAUACCAAGAAGGUCACGGCGCAGGGCAUCAUGUUCAUCACCUACUCUGUGGGAUGCAUCGUCGGCCCCCAACUGUACACGACGCCUCCUUACCGACAGGGCCUCAGGGCCAACAUUGUCGCCCUGGUAGUCGCCCUGAGCUGCAACCUUGCAAACCUGGUGUACAUGGUCUGGGAGAACCGAAAGCGCAAGCAAUUCUUGGAGACGAACAGGCACCUGCUCAAUGAGGAUGACUACACGUUCCGCGAUCUGACGGAUAAGCAGAACCCUUUCGUCCUGAAUGUGCUCUAG